AAAAUUUGGCUCAAAUAAUAAAUAGUAAUCAGUGUUAUGCGAAGGUUCCUAUCUAUCCUAUCUCAUAAAGAUAUUAAUUAGAUUAUUUGCGAAGAUAAAAUUAAAUAUAAUAUAUAAUUUACAAAUUAAAAAUGCACGAAGCUUACGAAGUUACACAUUUACUGAAUGCAUCAGUGCAAAUAGAAACAAUAGCUGCUUAUGAUGGUAACCUGUUGCUGGGAACACGGCAAGGACAUCUGUUAAUGUAUUCAUUAUUAAUGAACAAAGAUACGCAAAAGUAUGAAUUGAAAAUGAUUAGAUAUUGUAAAAACUUUAGUAAGAAACCAAUACAACAAAUUGAAGUUAUUGCAGAGGAUAGAUUACUAUUAUGUCUCACAGAUAAUGUGCUUUCAUCGUAUGAUAUGAAUGGCCUCAACUUUCCUUUGGUGAAGACAUUUGCAGAUACGAAAGGUGCAUCUCUGUUUGCCCUAGACAAUAAGUCAGCUACAUCAAUGACUGGUGAAUCAAACACAAUAGUACAUUUAUGUGUAGCUGUAAGAAGAAAAUUGCAACUAUAUUAUGGUAAAAAUGGAGAGUUUAAAAAACAUAUAUUUGACUUCACAAUACCUGAUGUACCAAAGGUGAUGGCUUUAGGUCAACAAUAUCUUUGUGUUGGGUUCAAAGGCGAAUAUACUUUUUUUGAUUUAUCAUCACAUAAUUCAACGGACUUAUUCCCUCCAAGUAGUUCAAAAUCCUUGGACCCAACAAUAGCUAAAUAUUCAGAAACAUCCUUUCUACUUGGCCGAGAUAACACUUCAGUUUUAGUGGAAGAAGCUAAAAAGAAGUCUUCUGAAAUUAAAAAGACAAUGAAAAGGAUUGAUGAUCCAACAAUCUCGAAAUAUUCAGAGUCAUCGUUCCUACUUGGUCGAGAUAACACUUCGGGUGAAGUGGAAGAAGCGAAACAAGAGACAGUUGAAAUUAAAAAGACAAUAAAAUGGACUGAUGCACCGCUCGCAGUUGUUUGGGAUGAACCCUUCAUUCUGGGUUUGCUACAAGACACCGUUGUAGUGCAAACAGUUGAACCGCCUCUCUUCAUACAAACAUUUGUUGAAUUGAAUAAAGCAAGACUUAUGUACAGAUGUAAGCGUGGUCUGAUAUUUGUUUCAUCUGUGGGUCAAGUUUGGUGUCUCACUUCUGUAGAUAUCACGAAGCAAAGAAAACAGUUGCUGAAAGACAAGCACUUUCAAAUUGCGAUAGAUUUAAUGAAACUAUCAGAUAAUUCGCCAGAAGAAAAGAAGCAAACAAUUGAUUCUAUACAAAUGCUGCACGCACUCGACCUAUUUGAUAGCAAACAAUAUUCGCAAUCUAUGAAAGAAUUCAUCAAACUGAAAACGGAUCCAGCUGAAGUCAUAAAACUUAUUCCAGAGUUGGACAAUAAGUUUGAGGGAAAAGAAAAUGUAUUAAAAGGGAAAGAUUUAGAGAACGCCCUAAACGCUUUGAUAGAGUAUUUGGUGGAACUGAGAUUUCAAAUUGGGACGAAUACGGAAGGUUCCAGUAAGAGUGAAUCUAAUCAGCGGAAUGUGGCCCAACAGUUGGAGUUGAUCGAUACAACUCUGCUUAAAUGCUAUUUACAGACGAACGACGCAUUUGUGGCUCCUCUCCUCCGUCUGAACAAUUGCAGAUUAGAGGAAGCCGAGAAGACGUUACACCAACACGGAAAACACAGCGAGCUGAUCAUCCUCUAUCAGACAAAGGGACAGCACACAAAGGCACUGCAGUUGUUGAGAGAGCAGGCAUCACAACCAGAUUCAAGUCUUAAGGGAUAUCACAGGACCAAGAACUACUUACAACACUUAGGCGCGGAACACAUGAACCUUAUAUUCAAAUUCUCUGAUUGGAUAUUAAAAGAACAUCCCGAGGAAGGGUUAAAAAUAUUUACCGAAGACAUAGUAGAAGUAGAAAACCUACCUAGGCCAAAGGUCCUAGAUUUUCUACUACGAGAACACGACACUUUGGUGAUACCCUACCUCGAACACGUUAUACACACAUGGAAUGACACACACGAUCUGUUUCACGAUGCCCUCAUAAAUAUGUAUAGAGAAAAAAUCACUGAUAAAAAAGCGAAUUGUACUGAAGAGGAAUUGCAGCAUAUUAAGUCGAAAUUGGUGGCGUUUUUGGAGAAAUCGAGUCAUUAUACACCGGAAAGGGUGAUUUUACAUUUCCCAAAUGAUACGCUAUUUGAAGAGCGUGCGGUCAUUUUGGGCAAGUUGGGCAGGCAUGAGCAGGCCUUGGCUAUUUAUGUGCAGAUUCUCGGUGACGUAGACAGGGCAAUACGUUACUGUGACAACGUAUGGACACGUAACGAUAAAACAGUAGACGUAUACGUAACAUUAAUGCGUAUUCUUGUGAACCCUGAACAGAACAAUUCAUUAACUGGACCCUUAGCCACUGUACCGAGACACCCGAAGGCCUCCACGCCCGAUCUUGAGACGGCUCUAAGUAUUUUGGAAAAGCAUGCGGAUAAAAUAUCACCUAUUAAGGCCCUAUCAGUACUACCAGAUAGCGUCCCGUUGGCCCGUCUCAGUAGUUUCUUGGAGAGUGCCCUUCAAACACAACUCACCAUGAAGCGACGAACACAAGUAUUAAAAGGAUUGUUGUACGCCGAACACACACAGGUACAAGAGAUGAAACAGUUCCAUGAAUCGAAAAGCAUAGUUAUAAACGACUAUAACGUGUGUCCCGUUUGCAAGAAACGAUUUGGGAACCAAAGCGCCUUCGUUCGGUAUCCCUCGGGGGAUAUUGUCCACUAUUCCUGUAAAUUGGAUAAAUAAUAGGAGAUUUAUGUCUAUAUAGGCCGACCGAACUGGCCGUUUAACGUCGUAAUUCCAAACUUUGUUUUUAAAUAAAAGAUUCUAAAACAAUCUUAUAUGUACGUGAAGACUAUGUAAAUUUAUUAAUAAUAAUCAAUCAAUUAGAUAAAAUAAUUAUAGAAACAGCAGUUUGCGUUAGUUUUUUCGUAAAAGUCAAAAAUUAUUUGCUUCUUGUAAAAGAAUCACGAGACUAGCCACAACUCGCGUCUUUUCCACAGACUCAAUAUUACAAUGAAAUAAAACGUCAGUUUUGACACAUGAUACAUGACAGAACAAUCUAAAAAAAUAAUAAUAUGUUAAUAUAUAUAUUGGCUUAUCAUUAAGUUAUGUCAAAAAGUGGCUUACUUUUUGUUGGGGGACUCUAUGAGGAGACCAGCUCCAAGUUAAAUAAUGUUUACACUGUCACCAGAGACAGAUGACUGCUAUAAUUGUAAUGUUGCAAUAAUUGUUAUUUUAAUGAAGAAGGAGGAUUUGCUUAUAAAAAAAUUAAGUUGUUCUAUAUCUAUGUCUUAAGGUCUACAAGAUACCAGACCAUAAAUUUAAAAAAAAUCUUUUCUCCUGUCAUAUUUACGCGGCAACGCGUUUUUUCACUAAAAAUAUAGUAAGUAUAUGAAUGAGGGAGCGUGGAUAAAAAAUUCAAUUGAACAAUUAAUAGAACGUGUAAAUUCUGUUUUUACAAAUUGAUCAUCAAACAAAUAUGAGAAGCAUAUUUUGUCGUAUUUAAGCAUCUUUUUAAGCCAUGUAUUAAAAUAUGAAAGUUUAGUCGUGGCAACUUUAUUGUGGAAUUUUUCUAAGUAUACAAUUUUAUGAUCUUUUUGUCAUUGGAUCUCAACUAUGUCACGGAAUGCAUAAAUAAGACCGGAGUACUAGCGAGCGAUGUGUAUGAAAAUUCAUGUUAAUUUAUUUUAUUUAAGAAGCCAACGGCUCUAAUAAAAAUUACAAUACCAAAUGUAUAAUAAUUAAUAAAGAAUUUCCAUGAACGCCUACCCUAGCAAAAGUACCGAAUUAAUUGGUCCUAUCACUUCAUUCUCUUAUAUCAUAGACCAGAAUUGUGAAAAGAAGUAUAUCUGAUUGUAUUAUUUUACUAAAAUACUUUUUGGUCUCUGACACGCUGUGGGACAGGUGAGUACUGUGGUUGAAACUGCAAUAUUUAGUGCGAAAUUCAACCAAAAAUCCUUAUUGAUCUAGUAUUGUCUUUGGUUAACUUAGCUUUAACACAUUGAAAGAAAACAUUUUUUUAAACGGAUUAAAGCUAUUUGUAUUAUUAUAAACUUAUAAUUAUUUUACAUAAUUUUAAAUUUUAAUUUUUCCGACGUUUCGCGUGCUUUACAGUGUGCGUGGUCACGGUGACCACUUAUUCACUUCACUGUUUAUAUUGUUAAAAUAUAAAGCUCACUUAUUGUAUAGUUUAGUAGAAAUUUAGUUCCAUACAUUGAGGAAGAUCAUUAUUUUAAUGGUGAUAAUACUUUCAUACGCUAACUUACCAAAUUAUUAUAUUGUUUAUAAAUUCAUAUAAAUAACUGUUGAAACAUGAUAUUUGUAAUAAUAUAAACUUAACCAGUCUUAUAACAAAAUAGAAGCUAUUGAAAAUUGCCUUAUCAAAGAAAUAAAUGUGAUUUUAUUUAAACUGUUUCAGCGGCAGCGUUAGUUCUCUGUAAUAUCCAAUACCAGUCAGUUUAUUUAUUUAUAUUUAUCAGUUAGUAUUGAGUUUUAUUACCCAAUUUCGAUAGAUCUUUAAUAUCCAUAGCACUGAGCGGAAACUUGAGAUCGUGUGGUACAAAAACUCAAUAUUGAAGGUGGGUUCGGAUUGGGAGUUACAGAGUAAUGACGCUGGAUUAAACUUCAUUCAUUAUAGAAUAUACUGUAAUUAUUGUCAUGCUCAUAAGUUAUAAUGCAUUAUAUAUUUAAUUAAGAAUAUAUUAUUUUUUACGACGCAAUAUGCCCUUAU